GAGGAGGCCGCCUCACUGUCCCAGCCUGGAGGCGGGUGGGAGGGCGGCAGGCUGCAUCCGUGGGUUGAUGCGUGAGGAGCCGACGUGAGCACCCCGCAGCCUAGCGGUAAUCGGCCUCGGAACGGCUUUGGUUAUCUACCAUAAGAAGUACCAGUAACGCCUGGCGAUGGGUGACGUUCUGGUUUAUGAAGCUGAGUUACUCGAACUAGUGAGAGAGUAUUUGGAUUUUGCUGAAUUUGAAGAAACAGUCAAAGUAUUUACCAAAGAAUGUAAAAUAAAAGGGAAGACACUACCCAAACCAGCAGGUGUUUCUUCAAGAGACUCACAAGCUUUGCCUGUUCAGAAAGAUCUGCUUGUAGCAUUUGACAGUGGUGAGCAGAAAGUUUUCUUCCAGCUCUGGGAAGAGCAUAUUUCGCCUUCAGUUCGUGACAAUGAACCAGCUGCUCAGAAGCUGGAGUUCUAUCUUCACAUCCACUUUGCCACCUACCUCUUGAAACACUCUGUGGAGAAGCCUGACAAAGCUGAACUUGAGGAAAGGAUUUCUCAUUUUAAGGCGUACCUGGAAACAAAAGGAGCUGCUCUGAGCCAGGCUACAGAGUUUCUUCCCUUUUAUGCUUUGCCUUUUGUUCCAAACCCCAUGGUACAUCCUUCUUUUAAAGAACUUUUCCAGGAUUCUUGGACGCUGGAUUUGAGGACAAGAUUGGAACAGUUCCUGUCUCUGACUCUCAAAGCCAGACAGACUCCUCGGCUUCUUACUUUAUUUAAGGAGAAUGGACAGUACAAUAAAGAAAUGAUGCAACAUCUUCAUCAACAGUUAGUGGAGUCUGAGAACAGGACCAUGACCUGCCUGAAACAGUAUAACAAAAUGCAGAUGGAUUACCGUAAUCUCAGUCGAGUCACUGCAGAGCUGGUGGAUUCCUUGGAGGCCACAGUCAAUGGCAAGAUGAUCACACCAGAGUAUCUUCAAAGCAUUUGUGUUCGCUUGUUCAGCAAUCAGAUGAGACAAAGUGUGGUACAUAGUAUUGACUUCACAAGGCCUGGAACUGGAUAUUACUCUAUGAGCCCUUGUGAUGACGAAUAUGCUUCCACAAUGUUAAGAGCAUCAUUAGCCUCUGAGAAGAUGCAGGAUGUGCCAUUGUUGCCCUCUUUGGAUUAUGAGAAGCUGAAAAAAGAUUUGAUUACAGGGAAUGAUCGUCUCAAGGCCUUCCUGCUGCAGGCUCUGCGCUGGCGCUUGACAACAUCGUAUCCUGGAGAACAGAGAGACACUGUCCUACAAGCCUACAUCAGUAAUGAUCUCCUGGACUGCCACAGCAACUGCCAGAAAAAUGUCCUCCAAUUACUAUAUUCUAAGAGUGAAGUUGUCAGACAGUAUAUGGCAAGGCUCAUCAAUGCUUUUGCUUCGCUGGCAGAAGGUCGUGUCUACCUGUCUCAGAACCCAAUGUUGCUGCAAAUGCUGGAGGAGAGACUGAAAGCUGAAGACAAGGAUUCCCUUACACGGGAGAAUGUUCUGGGGGCUCUGCAGAAAUUCAGCCUCAGGCGUGCCCUGCAGUCUGCAAUGAUCAAAGAUGGGCUCAUUUUCUGGCUGGUUGAUGUUCUAACAGAUGCAGAUUGCCUGUCUGAUUACACGCUGGAGUAUUCUGUUGCCUUGCUAAUGAAUCUUUGUCUGCGGAGUGCAGGGAAGAAAAUGUGUGCAAGGGUUGCGAACCGUGUGCUCAGAGUUCUCUCUGAUCUUCUUGGCCACGAGAAUCAGGAGAUACAGCCAUAUGUAAACGGAGCACUGUACAGCAUUCUGGCCAUCCCUUCUGUCAGAGAGGAAGCCAGAGCAAUGGGAAUGGAAGAAAUUCUGCACUGCUUUAUCAAGGAAGGAAAUGCAGAGAUGAUCCGACAGAUUGAAUUUAUUAUCAAGCAGCUCAAUUCAGAUGAGCCACUAAAUGAUAGUAUUGCAUCUGAUGAUGAAGAGGAAGAGGAGGAUGAGGAAGAGGACCAUGACAUCAUGGAGGCUGAUCUGGACAAAGAUGAAGUUUUGCAGCCUCAACUGGGAGAGCUUGCAGGAGAGAAGCUGCUGACAACUGAGUACUUGGGAAUAAUGACUCAUACUCCAAAAACCAAGAAGAAGCUGUUUUCUGGUGUUCACCAGAGCAUAGAUGAGCCUCUCCAGAGGCCUGUGACGCCAGGUUCUCACAGAACUGUGUCCCUAAUGCCAGAAAAUGAUACCAGUUCUUGUCACAACAGGGAUGAGAAGCUUCAGUCUCUGCCAAGUGGCCUUCCCCCUGUUCGGGGUGGGAGCAGGUCCAGCAUUUCUGACCUCUGCAUUUCCCCUUCAGUUGAAAUGAAGUCAUCUGAAGUAUUCUCACCAGGCCACAGAACGGGCCGAAGCAUCACAGCUGGUGGCAGCAUCUCAUCUUCCCAAUCCAUUGACUUCAGCGAGGACGAAGUAAACAGGCAUAGCGAGUUUCCCUCAGCCUUCACCAACAAACCUAAGGUCCCUCGCACUCCUGAAGUGCAGAGUGCCAGCCCUAGGAAGGGAAAGGUGCCAGCCAUCGCCCCCCAGUUCUCUCAGUCUGGACCCCAACAGACAAGCCGUCCCAGCUCCUCGGGAUCGUCCACCAGGAGCAGACAGAGCAGGCAGUCCUACAGGAUGUGAGAACAGUUCCUUUCCUCGAGAAUCACCUGUCACAUUGCUGAAGGACAGAGCCAGCUUCCUGUAAUGAGCUUUACUGGCGACCUACCGAGGAGAGACUGAGGUGACUGAUGCUGCACAGCGUACGCCUUGCACGGUGAUUCAGGCAUUAUCUGAUGGGAUGCGCCGCUCCUCCUCUCUAAAGCUGGCUAAGACAAGGGCCUUGUUAUUACAAGGUCUCAGUAGCAGCCCAGGACUGAUACAACAGAUGGAUACAGUCCCAGUGUCUGCAACAGUUUACUCUAAAGUCACAUUACCAGCUUGAGAAGAAACUCUUACACUCUUCCUUCUGUCUCAGUGUUAGCGGUCUUUGGACAUGGUAUAUAGGACUCGGCAGAGGAUCCUGGCCAAGCAACCAUCUUUUUUAACACAUUGCUUUCUGAACCAGCCUGCCACAGAUUACACUUUUGUGAAUGAGCUGGGAGUCAGGAUCCUCCCUAGAAGGGAAAAUGCACACCAUAUGUGCAGAGCCUCACUGCCUGGAGCAGUGAGAUCUGUGUUUGGCCACCAGACUGCAGAAAAAGUAUUUCAUCAACGUCUGAUGCCAGUGCCCAAGGCAGCAUUCAGGCUCAUCUCUGAGGAUCUGAUCAGCAGCUUUAUCUGCAGAUCUUUUUCAACCUGGUUGAUUCUGUGAUUCUUAGGUGUUUUUCUUUCUACCAUUUAAUAGAUGUGGAAAAAAUAAUCUAUUUUUAUUCCACUGGAAUAAAAUUUCUUUCUUUGUUAAAAAACCAUGGGAACGUGAACAGAACAGAAGCAGCUUUCUCUGCAGGUGUAGCUAUGGAUGAUCUUCUUUGGUCUUCCUUGAUUUUUUUUUUAAGGGUGCUUCAUUUCUGAGCAACAACUGCUAAUGUCUUUGUGGAGUUUGUGCUGGUCUUCAGUGAAUGUGAAGUUCCAGCUAGGCAAGAGAGAUCAGGAAGCCUUCCACUCAGUGAGAGAAACCAGCAGUUAGUUCUGCUAGUGAGUUAGGAAGGUAAUGCUGUUUGUUGUUCUUUCUCUCAAAACCGGCAGUGACCAGGAAACAUUUCACUGGGGGUUGGCUGUUCGAUAACAUCCCCUCAUGUGACACAGCUGUUAGUACUGCUAGUACUCUUCAGGGCUGGGCUGCUGCUGAGGCAGAAGUGCACAGAAAAAGCAAGUGGUGGUUUUCUCUCAGGCAGGCCUCAGAAGGCAGUGCUUUACUCAGGUACAGAAAGGGCUUCUAGUUUGGAGUUUUCCCCCUGAGAAACAAACCACAGCCUGAAAGGCAAAGCAGCUCAGUAGUGACAAUAGUGACAACUGCCUUCCCAUAAAGAGUUGGAAAGCCACCAAUUUCCUUUAGUCUUCUGCUAACACCUUGAAUUGUGCCUCUUGAUAUGUGGUGGCAACUGAAUAGCCCAGGCCAUUUCCUUGUGUGAUGUAGUUGCCAUGAGAGUCACCGAGAUCAGUGAGGCUGUGUCAGAUGUUUGCAGAAAGGGUUGCUGUGCACAAGUUCAGGUUACCCCCUUUGGAUAAUAGACUUUAACUUGGAAUCAGGGUGUUUUGUAGGAGAAAAUAUCCUCCAGUUUUAAAUGCAGUCAUAAUCCUGUGGAAGCUGCAGUUUACUGCAUGGUAACUGUAGUGUGUCCACAGACCUAACGUGGAGCAAGCAGAGUGCAAGGAUUUGCUUUAACUCCUGGAUUACACAGGACAUAAAGCAAUUAUAGACAUUGGAUAGUCCCUGACACGUAGAUCUCCAUGCUACAGCCCAAAAAAACCCCAUCACAUAAAAGCUAUGACUUGUGCUUAGUUCAUCUACCUCCUCUCAGAGUUGAUAAGCACAUUUAAUGGAAAAAUAUCCUUUGAUUCACAAAGGGGCAGUAAUGGAAAAACAGCCAUAAAAACUCACCUGGUGGUUUUCCAGAGUUGACAGCUUGUCUUUUUUCCUCUGAAAGGCUGCUUUUUUCCAUCCCGUAGUAUCAAUGGCUGGGUUGUUAACGCUGAGGUGCAAAGCACGUUCGUUUGCAUAGGCAGAUAACACAGAAUGGGCCAGUAGUUGAGUUUUACUCAUUUUAAAGCAGGACUGAGCUCCAUGUUAGAGCAGAUCUGACUCUCUAAAAUGCAGGGAAGUGCUUGUGGGAAGUGCAGACUUCUUUUGGUAAUGAGGAGUGACAGCCCCAAACCUCACUGGCUUUGCCAUUAGUCGAAGUCAACAUUAUCACUCUUUGUUAGUCAGCUAAAGGUGGUUGAUAGGUACAACUACUCCAGCAGAUCAAGGUGAGAAACAAAAUGAGUCUUGCAGAACUGGACUGAAAGGAGAGAGCUGAAGCUGAUGUACUUCUGUGUUUGUUUCUUCCUUGAGCCUGUUGUAAUGCAGAACUCUGUGUGUACAUUUUUCUGUGUUUAACUCUUAGAUGUUUUGGGUUGUGAGUAGAGAGUUUGAAAACUGAGGAUGUUAACGUUGAAAACCUUCCUUUUCCAAAUACUUGAGAGAUGCUAUGGAUAUGCUUAGAAAUUAUCAUCUAAGCAGUAAUCUGGGAGGUCAGUGAAGUACUGUGCCCUCAUUUUCUCUUGUCACAUUCCUGAAAAUCCCCUAUGAUGCCAGUCAUAAAGUUUUGAAGCUGAUAAAAAUGUGUUGUUUCUGCUUUUGUUAGAAGGACUCCUCUCUUUGGGAUCAAAAGGUCGCUGGAUCGAGGUCAGUAACACACACGUAGCAAAUCCUGCACCUCGCUCUUAAAGGUUGUUAGGUGUUUUUUGUAUGUGCCAUGAAGCUGCUGCUAGAUACAACACCAACCUGGCACAUUCAGAACGGGAGGAGUGGGAGUUGCAUGGCCAAAAGAGAGAGGGGGGGGGGGUGACUCUUCUGGAAGAGUUUUGUUUACCAUAGGUAAAUACAAUUACUGCCUAUGAGACCCAGAUCUACAAGGGAGGGGUAUUUUGGGGGGCCAAAAUGCUGUGUGGUGCUAGCAUGCUUUUUUGGUGUCAGUGCAAUUUUGUUUAUGGACAGUAUUUAUCAGAGGCAUAAACUGUGUAAGUCUAUUUAAAUUUGUGUGGAGGGCUCAUUCUGUACAAGUGCUUUAAAACUGUCAGGCAGUGACUGAGUAAAAAAAUGCUCCUAAAAGGA